AUGACCUCUAUAAAAAGAGGAACAUGGUUCUUCAUCUUCGUUCUUGGUGUUUUUUCAGCCAUAACAUGUCAAUUUACAGCUCCUCUGACAUUAAUGCACGUGGCUGGUCACAUCGCAAUUUUAACAGCCGCUCAUUUUGCAUUGGUGUUUCCACCGGAGGAAUUGCUCGACGGGCUUGGCCUCACGCUGUUCGACCUGUUCACAAUCAUUUAUAACUCUCGGCACUACGGUUUUGUUGAGUAUGCCGCUAAACGGGUCGCGUUUUUUCAUGCGUUCGUGGCAGCUUAUCCAUGUGUGAUCUCCUUGUAUUUCGUUCACGGAAAUCUCUUCAUGACCGCAGUCGACACUCGUCGUUUUCCAGAACCGCUCGAUCAUCCGUACAUGUGGUUCACAGCGUUUGUGAUAUCAGUGAUAGGUGCUGCUUUGUAUUGUAAUAGAAUCAAAGACUACAAGCAGUGGCCAGUUUACCGGUACUACAAUGAACACCCAGACGCUCUUGAAGAGGCACAAGAUGUGAUUUCCAAUCCGGACACAUUCAGAGUCAAACUUUCACAACGAACAUUCCUGUUUGUCACGAGAAGUUUCUUUGUCUACUCAUCAAAUUGGAGAUUCGUUGCAGUGAAGAUAGCUGAUUUGAGACUUCAAGUGGAUAACACUCGCAUGCCACUGCUCCCAAAUAAUCAGGAUGAAGAAGAGAGAAUUCGAUACAUUUUUGUGAAAGUGAGAUUCCGUCCCGAGUAUCUUCAGUCAUUCACAAUUACAUUACGCCAAGACUACUAUCGAAUGUUGAACGAAGUUCUUGAAGUGCCGAUUUUUGUGCCGCCUCACAUCAACGUACCAAUGACAAUAAUGGAAGAACUUAAAGAAGACUUUAUUGACAGAAUCGAGACGAACAGUAGGUACCUCCAUCGAGUGAAAAGAAGCGAUCUUGAUCCAUGUUUUGCGUGUGGCACUGAGGAGAACAUUGUGAAGAUCGAAAAAACUUGUACAGGACAAGAGCCAAGAGUGCUGUUCCAUGACACGGGUCUCCGUUUCACGCCUCCAUGUGAAAACUGCACAUGCCGUCCAUUAUGGUGCAGGAACUGUAUCGCUCAAAUCUUCAUCACCAAGCAAAACGUAGACAACAUCUACAGAUACGAGUAUUUCCGAGGAAGCGCUCAGUGUCCUACCUGCAGAAAGAAUUUCUGCAUUCGAGAUGUCCAUUGUGUCGAUUUUGAAUUCAUUGACGAGGAUGCAGAUUGA